UUUGGUUUCAAUCUCAUCAGAUUAUUUUUGUUUAAAUUUUAUUUUUCCUGAUGAUUCGACAAUUAUGAUUUUAGAUUCAGAUUAAAAAUUCAAAAUUGGACAAUUGAUUUGAAAAUUUAAAUUUUUUCUACAAUUUUUUUUUUCAUUUGAAUGAAUCAGCGGUUUUUUUUCAUAGCAACCGGAUUAUAUACAUGUACUUGAUUUGUCUGUGAUUUGUAUUGAUCUCUUGGUCACCAUCAAUCGUCAUCAAAAAAAAAAAAAAAAAAACGAAUGAAUUUUCUCCAUCCAUUUUAAACCGGUGCUUGUUGUUUUCUAAGAAAUUGUAAAUCUAUAUAUCGAUCAAUUGCUGACGAACAUUUUCAAAAACAAAAAAAAAAAAAAAAAAUGCCACCAAUCGAUUACAAUCGAUAUUAUUCCCUUAUAACUGAUCAUAGUUUCCUACGUCUAUUUGGUCAAUAUGAUAAUCGAUUUGUACGAUUGGCCCAUCAAUUAAUACCUUGGGAUCGUUUCAAUGAAGAUUUUGAACAUUUACAUAAUGAUGAUAAUUGUGACAAGAUUGAUCGUCGUGAUUAUUGUAUAAUACGAUUAUUGGAACAUUUUAAACAGGAAUUAUUCACCUGGGUAAAUGAAUUGAAAUGUGAUCAUUGUAAUGGUAAAGAAUGUGAUCUAUUGGAAUGUCGCCACACAAAUGAUAUUGAAUAUCAUUGUCGAAUGAUUGAAGUAUAUAAAUGUCCUAAAUGUAAUGCACUAAUUGAAUUUCCACGUUAUAAUCAUGCUGGACGAUUAUUGGAAACACGUCGUGGACGUUGUGGUGAAUGGGCACUUUGUUUUUCAUACAUUUGUUUUGUUUUUGAUUACGAUGUUCGUAUGGUACAUCAUGUUGAUGAUCAUGUAUGGGUAGAAAUAUUUAGUGAACAUCAAAAACGAUGGAUACAUUGUGAUCCAUGUGAAAAUGCUUUCGAUAAUGCAUUACUAUAUGAAUGUGGUUGGAAAAAACCUGCUACAUUGAUCAUCGCAUCAGGAAUGAAUGAAAUUCGUGAUGUAACAUGGAGAUAUUCAUCUGAAUGGCAAAAAACUGUUAUGCUUCGUAUCCAAUUAUUCGAUGAAAAUCGUUUACAAUCAAUGAUUGAUCAAAAUAAUCGUCGACUACAAUCUAAUCUUUCAGCCACUGAACGUGAUCGAAUCCUACAUCGUUGGAUGGGUGAAAUGGUUGAAUUUUUACGUACACCUGAUCAAAAUAUACGACAACCAUCCGAUCCAAAAGCCCUUCAAGGUCGUAUCAGUGGUUCAAUUCAAUGGCGACAAUCACGUGGUGAAUCUAAACAUUCAUAUCAUGAAUUUCAUUUGAAUCGACGUUAUUGUCAAAUCGUAUACAAUUGUCAACGUGAUGAAUAUUCAAUCAGUAAUCUGGAUUCGAAAGAAGAAUCUUCAUCGAUCAAAGGAUGGCAAUCUGGUUGUUAUGAAUCGGCCUAUAUUUUUCGUAUGAUUGAACAUGAUUGGCAAAUGUGUUAUCUAAGCCGACAACAAUAUUGUGGCCAACAAGUUAUUGGUUCCAUACGUUGGAGAUUUCGAUUACCUAAUGCCAAUGUUGAAUGGAAUCAUAUCAACAUUCUAGUCAAAGGUCGAACUUAUGAAUCCGGUGUUAUCGAACUUCAUGUUAUAUUACCAUCAGCGAAUGAUCAUUUAUCAUUCGAACUGAAUGAAAUGUUUCAAUUGAAUCGAAAUGAUUUCGAUCAUAAAAUCGAAUGGUUCGAUAUUGAAGCCAAAUUAAUGUUUGGUGAAGGCAAUAUAGCCUGGCAACAUGCACAACUUUUUCGACAAAAAUUAUUACCUCAAAACAACAAUGAAUCAGAUAUAGAUGAUGAGGAUUUGUUUAAAAUUUGUAUUAAUUAAAUGAUUCAAAAAAUAUAAAAAAAAUACAAAAUUUCAUGCCAUUAUAUUUGCAAAAUAUGACAGUCAUUUAAAAUUCAAUACAUUUGUUUU